AUGCCUGCAACAGACAUCUUCCGCCGUUUGAAGACGAGCAGAAAGAAAAAUAAAGUACCAGAAAGCGACAAGCAUACCGAGGAGCCAGCCGAAGAGUUGUUCUCCACGGCAGGCGCUUACGGCCUCAGAACAGUAGCGGAAGGAGCGACUGAUACCGUAGAUAUCGUGUUUGUUCACGGCCUCACUGGAAACCGUGAAACUACAUGGACAUACAAGAAGGCCAUCUUCUGGCCAAAAGACCUCCUCGCGAAGGACCUUGAUCACGUGCGCAUCUUCACAUUCGGAUACGACGCAGAUGUGGUCAAGCUCCUCACCAUCGCCGGCGGAAACACCGUACGCGACCACGGGAAGUCCCUCGCUCAAGACCUCUCCUUGCGAAGAGCAGAAACGAACACAGUACGCGAAUCACAAGUUUAG